AUGCUUUUUAAGAAUUUGAGAGUACAGAUCUUGAGUAUAGAAAAGAUGGGUUUUGUGGCGGGGAAUGUCAGGGAGAUGAUUUUUUAUUUGGUACGAUGGUUACAGAUUAUUGUAGUGGCAAGGGAGUGGUUUGUUGGGAGAUGUGCAGUGGGGGUUUUAGGGAAGAGUAUAUUAAAAGAUUAUGGGGAAGUUGGGCUUCACAACGGGUUUUUGGAGCCCAUUGUCGCAUCAGCACAGGAAUUAGCGCUUCGAACGUUUUAUUGUGAGGGGGAUACGUUUGCAAAAGUUUAUGUUAGGUUGAAAGCGUUGGAGAUGACGACAACGACAGAGGAUUUAAAGAAGAUUUUAGAAAAUGGAUUAAGGAUGGGAGUGAAGGUAGAAUGGGAGGAGAAUAAGAGUGAUCAAGAUGGGAAAGUGUAUGAGGCGAUACUUGAGGAGGCGAGAGAGGCGGAGGUUGCAGAUUUGAUUGCUCGAGAGGAGAGUGGAGUUAUCGAACCUGGGCUUUUUGGAUCUGGCAGGAACAGAAGUAGCCGCGCUCACAGUAGUGAACUUGUUCAGGAUUUGGCAGAGCUUGAACGGCCUAUCUUUGAUGUUGCUUCGGCGUAUAUAGAGGCGCUAAAAUCUUUGAAGGCUACUUUCCAGGAACCUGGGAAUGUUAAUUCUGAUGUGUUUGUCGAAUGGUUGAACGAAUGGUUCAUUAAGUCACCAUUGUUAUUUCGUCUGUCUUUAUCACAGAUUAAGAGUACCGCCAAGCGGAUGGCUCGUGAUGGAAAAUACAGGGUGUACUAUCUUAAUAGAAUUUUAACCGGGGCUUGGUUCUAUGUUGAUAUUAAUCUUGCUGCCCAGAGGUUGUUUGGAGAGUAUCGAAAUGGCUUUGAUGAUAUCUAUCCCACAAUGUAUGAUCAGUUUCUUCACAGUAUGAACAAUUCUUUUAUCGAAGAAUUCAAUGAGUUUUACCAUAGACCGCAGUUUCUUUCAGAAUCUUUGACAGACGGAGAAGCCACUGAGGUAUUGAAUAGAAUGUUAGAAUGUUCUUUUCGCGGAGUUUUUGCACUAAAACAGCCUUUGACCGCUUGCUUCCUUGGAGUCACAUUCGUAUCUGCGCAUGAUGAAUGUUAUAAAACAAUUGUAAAUACCACCCACAGAGAGAUGGUCCUUAUAUAUAAGCUCAUAACUAUGUACAUGUCAAUGAAAAGCAAGCUAGACUAG